AUGAAUUCUCCUACUGAAAAAUAUAGAAAAGAAUCAUCAUAUGAUUCUCUGUUUUUAAAUUCAACUUUUACACAAAAUUUAUAUGACAAAUCUCCACAAUCUUUAAAUCAAAAAAGAAUAAAAGACUCAUUAAAUUUAAUAGACACAAAGACUUAUAAAUCACCUUUAUCUUCAGAAAUUUAUAGGAAUUGGUCUCCUGAAGUUAAAAAUACUGUAGAAUCUACCUCAAAUACAGAUCUUCAUACGCCUUUAUCUUUUCCUUUAUUAGAAGCACAAAAAAAUACAACACAGAAGCUUCCUAUAGGAUUUUGGAGGCAUCCAUCACUGGAUAUAAUUUUUAAGCGUAUUAGAAAAGCAGGUGUUAAAGAAGAAACACUAAAAAGACUAAUUGUUAACAUAUUAGCAAUUAUUGUUAUUCAUUGGGUUAAAAACUAUAUUAAUAAAAGAUUUUUGGGAAUUUAUUUAAAACAAUUUAUUAGUCUUAAAAUAUAUUUGAAAUAUUUCAAUGUAUUUAUUCAUAUUAUUUUACUUUACAAUAUUUUUGAAGCAGUGUUAAGAUUUAUUCGGCCAAAAGAUACAUUUUUAGAUCUUUCAUUAACACCCAUACAAAGGAAAUUAUUUGGGCUUGAUCCUGAUGUUUUCACUUCAUCCCCACCAAAUAAUAGUAUUACUCCUCCAAGAUAUACAAAAAGCUCUCCACAGAGCCGACAAUCACCACGCCUCUCCCCACAGCAGAUUACGCCAUAUAAUGAAGGCUCCCAAACAUCACGUUCUAAUAGUGAAACAAAAAACCCUUCAAAACCCUCGCCACUUCGAAAUGAAUUAUCUCCAACGUUUACAAACUUAAAUACGUUGCCAACAGGUUUUUCAAAUAAAAACCUUCGAGAUAGAGCACCAUUUAUGUCAAACCCUCGAUACUUAAAUAAACGAUAUUCAUUGGAUAAUUUUUCUCCGUAG